AUGGCCUCAGCUUCCUUGGAGAAUUCACCAAGAGGCUUCCUAACCCCUUCUACGGCGGCCUCUGAAGAUCAGAAGGAGAAGCUGGGAGAUCUCAAGGUAAAGUUGGGGGCUGCACGCUUCCUCUCAGCUGGUAAUUCGGUGUCCGCCACGCAAGGCACCUUACGGAUUAAUGGUUUUAAUGCCCGCCUGAACUUCAACAAGAUCAAAGUAAAAUCAAAAGGUGCAGCUGGAAUAAAGACCGAGCGCCGGGUGAAGAUGCCCUUCACCAAACAACUUGCCCAGAUAUCAAACCAGGCAGCCGCAGCCUACUCACCAGCAAACCAAGUGCUCCCUAGUGACUCCUCCACGGCAACAACCGAAGAGAGGCGGCAGCGGGUGCUAUCCAUCUUAAGACUUGUAUUGCCAGUUAUUCGCCGACGGCUCAUGAUGGCGCGCAUGGGUAACCAGGAGGAGGAUCAGCCACCCUCCCCAACGGGCAGCAGCGUCCAGCCCGAGGCCCCUGUGUCGUGCAGCGAGAACGAGGCAGAGAGUUGUGGACAUGCAAAUACACAAACGAACACUCAAGAGGGCCAAGUGCCAGAAAAUGGAGGAGCAGCUCCACAGGAUUAUGAGAUGCUUGCACGGGAGAACAUGCGUCUGAGGCGGAUGGUGAGAGUUCUGUCUCUUGCUGUGCGUGGUCUCAUCCGCCACUCCGUAAAGCUUCAAAGAAAAUUGGAUAGCUUUAAGGAGCAAGGUUAUAACAAUGCCGCCGUCAGAACUCCCGAAGAGGGCUCCUCAAAGGAGAAUGCCACCCCCCCCUACGAAGCCCCCUCCGUAGAGUCCCCAGAUAGCUUCAGAUCUAGGAGUGCCACUCUGAUCCAACAGUAUCCCCGGCCACCGUCCAUGGGCUCUCCUGUCAAUUAG